UAUUUGUAAUGUUUUAAUACACCAAAAUUAAAAUAUUCCAAAUAAAUAUUACUAACUAAAUAAAUACUACGGUAUUAAAUUUAUCUAAGAAAUAUUAAUAAAUAUAUAUAUAUACUAUAUUAGAGGUCGGCCAUAUUGAAUAUUAGUUCGUCUAUGUAUAUUCGCCCAGGUGGCGUUCGAAACACUGUUCCAGAUCAAACUAUGGGAGUUGAUUAUCUAUUUACUUUAUAAAUCUGUGCACCACGACGGAAAGACGGGCCAAGCAAGAGGAUAGAGAGACAGGCGGACGGACGGACGGACGUAGGUGGGCGAACACGGAUGGGUUGCUAGGGAAGCAAUUGGCCCGCAGCAGCGACGUUCCGCGUUUCCGCGACGUAACCGUCGACGAGGUGCUGUCCAUGAAGAUUCGCGACCGUAAGCAAACCUCGCGACUGUCAGGUAGAGUUACGUGGUAACUGUAGAGCAUCGACGUUACUGGCUGGAGAUACGCGAGGUUUAUAUCCCCAGAAUCACUAUCGUCGGUUGGUACGGAGAUUUCGUGAAACCAUUCGCAUUGUUAGGGUUGGCCAUCCUGCGCAAUCCAACGGUAAGGUUUGAAAUUCUUGUCGAUUCGUUCGCGCGUUCGUCGACGAGCGGCUCGCCCUUGUGAUUUUCGCGCGGGAAACGGGCACUACUCUCGCCCGACACUCGAGAAGUUAUCAAUACGAUAACGCGUCGCGUCACUCCGAGAAUCUUCGGUGUCGAGUUCCCCGGGUACGAAGGUACGCACGCGUGAUCGACGACGUGUCGCGAACGAAGGUAAUUGCAGCAGAGCACAACAAUGGAGUCCGGUGACGAGGACAUAUUUGCUAUCAGCGACGAGGAGAUGUUGUCGCCGGCGCGAGUCGCGCCGGUGAAUCCCGUCGAAGAGCAUUUGCAGAAGGAGCUCGCUGACGUCGAGAGCAGGAUCGACCUCGCGACGAGGGAGAUCGCCGAGACGCGGGAGACCACCGCACGCGUUUUGAACGCCCUAGAAUGGCGCGCGCUUUACGGAGAGGACGCUAGCUCGGACUCUGAUAGUGAGUUGUACACUGUUGAAGGAGCACCUGUGGUGAAGAAACCGAAAAACCAUAGAACCAGUAUAAAACAAAAUUUGGAGAUAAUCUCGCAGUGGCAAUGCGUUCUUUCAGAUAAGUGGAUUAUUGGAAUAAAACUAAACAACAUAUCCUAUUGCACGUUACUUAACCCCAGAUAUUAUCCAUACGUGUUAUCCACGCGGGACGAACAGAUUUCCGGCGUAUCGACGUUUUGGAAAGAAAAACAUGACUUCUACUCGGAAAAGAUCGACUCGAUCCAACCCGGAAUCGUCGUGGCGACAAUGGUGCUCGAUCUAGGGUGCUAUCCGAUGUUCGAUAAGGAGCCUGUCGUCGAGUGCUGGGGUAUAAUCUCGUACGAGAUCGAUGAGACACAAUUCCAAAUCCCAGUGCCGCCAAUUCAACUCUCCAUUACUGAAACAAUCAAUAGUUCGUGCAUAAAGUUCUUAGAUAAGAACAAGUAUGAUGCGAUAUUAGCCGUGAAAAGCACAUCUGCCAUAGAGAGAGUCAUUAACAUUAAGUUUGUGGAUGGUCGAUUUGAUCAAGAUACUCAAGAUGAUCAAAGUGACACAGUCGCUAAAUUCUUUUCUUUUUUAACCGCGAAAACCUUCACAAAGAUUUGCGACCAUAUUUUCUUGAUGAAGGAGCACGGUUUCCUAAUGUACUGUUUACUCGAGGUGCAAUCGAUCAAUUACGAAAAGGCAAAUAUCAGGAUUUUCGCCAGGUCUGUCAAUCAGCUGAACAUAAUAUUGCGUCUUCUGCGAGACGAAUUUCCGAAGGUAUGUGUUGAAAACAAGACUGACGAUUCUCUUGAGGACGAGAUUGACGUUGAGACUGAUAUCGAUUGCGUUGAGGCUGCGAUGGCUUUGAUACGCGAGUUAGAGCUGAUUCGUGAUAAGAAAAGCAUCCACGAGAUACAAGAAGCGAAAGUGAUAACAGAUUUAUUUAUUCCUUAAGUUCUAUUUACUAUUUUGCGCUUACAAAAGAUAGUCUUGUAUUAACCCACUAUUUCCCGACUUUUUUUCUUUAAUUUUUUAAAGAUUUUAAGAAGAAAAAACAAUAUUAGUAGUACACAAGGAGAACAAAGAUUGGAAAAUGCUAUUCUAUAAAUAGGAAAAUAGAAAGAAGUGGGUUAAUAUGCAGUAUUAUUAUAUUAUAUCGUGUAUAAAAAUAUAUGCUAUAAGAAUAAAACUUUUUGACAAUUAAUGCAGCAGAGUAUCAUACAAAAAACUAGAUAAUAAAAUAGAAAACAUACGUUUAUAAAUAAAUUAAGUAUUUACUUCGUCUAAUUGUUCGUUUAUCUCUUUUAUAAUAUUGAUAUAAUAUAAUUAUCAAAAUUGAAAUCAUGUCAGUUGUCACUGUCUUACUUUCUUAAGAAAUUUAUAUAAAAUAAUAUAUAUAAAUCUUUCUGUUUUAUGAAACAUAUAUUAUUAUACGUUAUAUAUAUGUGUAAUAGUUUAGCACGCAUGCACACGAAGAAAGAGACAUACUGGAAAUAGGAGACGUUGUAAAUUUUUCAAAUAAUUUAUUUUGUUAAACUAUAUAAAGCACAUAUUCGUAACAUAUACUGUAGUGAGAGUGGUUAGUGAGUGAUCGGAGUGACAGAGUGAGUGAGCGAGUCAGUGAGUGAGUCAAUAUGGGUCAGUAGACUCCACUGAGCACUUUCGAUAAAAAAUAUCAUCGCUACGAUCAGUGUGCAUUUAACGUCAUCAACAUACGAUAUAAUUUUCUCUCUUCGGUACAUAUGUAUACAGUCGUUUCAUUACAGGUAUCACUUUGUUGUAUAUGCCCGCCGUAUGUCUCGGCCGCGUCCUAUGUAUAUCUCGACUGAUUUACGCGUCGCAAUAGUAUGUAUACGCCUAUGUAUUAAGACACCUACAUUGUGUAAAAUCGAUAAACGCCUUCGCUGUCGAUUAAGACUGGAGGAUGUAAAGGGGCACAGCAGCGGUGCGAGACGCUGAGAGUUCUGUUAAAAUAUCGACUAUCGCGCGCUUCGCACUACUUCGUAGGCUGAACCCGUAAUGAAAUAUCAGAGUGUGCACCCAUCGGUAGGGAUUCAAGUCUAUCUUCUUUUCUUUUUAUUAUUAUUAUUCUCGAUGACUCGAUAUUUUAGCCGAGCAGUUGACAUCAAUUCCAUCGAUUCGACGCGACACGUUGAUGUACAUAUAUAUAUAUUUGCGUUAAUUAAUCGAGACUGGGGCUCUAUAGCCUACCGAUCGAUUAGUGGUUGGCCGUUUAUGUUCAAUUCUUCCUUCAAGUAGCUGUAAUAAAUUUUUUAUUAUUUCUUUUGUUUUUUUUUUUUUUAAUCCAUCAACAUCGUCAACAGGACCGGCUCAUUCGCACGUGGAGAAAAGUCUCGCUCGAGAUGAGAGGUUGGUAUUAUUACGCUAUGUCAUCAAUCGACGGUCAUUUGUUACGGCACUUAUUAAUUAAUCUUGUUUAUGUGCCUGGAAUUGAAAGCUUUCUUCCUUGCGAACUUCGCCGGUGUCUAUUGCAACGCGCGACAUCACUCGGUCUUUUUAAAAAAAUGUUUUUGAAUAUUUUUUCCUCACUACAUUCUCUCUCUCUCUCUUUCGCUCUCGUUCUCUUUCUCUCUUUCAUGUAUUGUCCACUUGGCUAUUUACAUAUUACAUUGGGCUUCGACUGUACACGCGGAUAUAUACUCAUAUGUAUAUUCAAUGUACAUAGAUACUCAAUUCCCAUUCGUUCUCGUUUCUCAUGAGUGUAAUUUACAAUAAACUAGUUUGACGUUUUUGUUCUCGUCGUCGUCGUCGUCGUCACCGUCGUCAGCGUUCUUGUUUGAGUAUCGCAUAAUUCACUAAUACACACGCAGUAUUCAGCACUCUCGUUUCCAAAGCUUUUAAUCGAACGCGUAACAAUCUUUCAUUUUUAUAAAGGUCGCGAAUAGGUGAACACUUAACCGAUCGCUGAAUCGUAGUUGCGUUCUUAUCUUUUGGAGCGGCUUACUUUUGAUAGGACUGCUCGAGUUUCGCAAUCUAAAGACCAUGGAUUCGUUGGUUACGAUAUAAAUUUUGCCAAACUAAUCAAUUCGAUUUAUUAUUUGCUACUUAAAGAACUGAUUUAAUGUGAAAUAGAUUUUGAAGUACAAAUUUUCGAGAAGAAUGAAAUAUGGAUAAAUUGACAUUACAACAUAAUUGUAUAUUUUAUAUAGAAUUGUUUCUUUUAAAGGGAUGACUUAAGAAGCUAAUAAUCUCUACAUAAUUCUACUUUUUUAUACGAUUUUACGUGUUAUUUUUAAUAUAUCUCAAUUUUUAUAAAAUUUAUUGAUUUUAUGGACAUGUGGUCCUCAGUAUGCGAUGCUAUCGAAAUUCGAAUCUGAAAGAAGACAAACUCGAAUGCAUUAAUGAAACACUUUUUAACGCGUAAAAAAGCGAUGUGUAUCAGUGAUUUUAUAUACUAUCAGUUCGAGAAGAAUCUGCUGUUUUGUGAGCAAUUGUAC